AUCAAACCUUACACAAAGAAAACCUCACUGAACCAGAAAACUUUGGAAAAUCCAUCUCCAAUUAACCUUCACCAUCUUCUUCUUCAAUCUUUCAACUUUGUUUCUUCAAAGCAAAUCCACACUCUCUGUUUGUUGGUCCUUCACUGUUCAAAUCUGUCUCUCUCUCUGUUCCUGCUAUCCCUUUCCUUCUCCAAUCUCUUAGCUCAUCCCUACGAAGAAGCCCCAUUGACAAGAAACCUCUCUCAACUACUUUCCCCUGUGACCUCUCACCCUUCAUCAUUUCUUCACCUUCUUUUGCUGACUACAUUUGACUUCCUUAUAAUACUUACUUUCCUACCUUUUCACUUGCACCCUCGUCACCACACAUCUCUUUUCUCAUAUCUCAAGUUCCUCCAAUCAAAAGAGGUAUCUUUUCUCGGGGAACAAAAAUGGCUAUUUGGAAAUGGGGUCUUUUGGGGCUUAUUUUUGCUGAUUUUCUAUUUUCAAUUGGUGCUGUGGAGCUCAAGAGGAAUCAACCCACUGAAAGAAUCUCAGGGAGCGCUGGUGAUGUAUUGGAAGAUGAUCCAGUUGGAAGGUUGAAGGUAUUUGUUUAUGAACUUCCGAGUAAAUAUAAUAAGAAAAUUCUGCAAAAGGACCCAAGAUGCCUUACCCAUAUGUUUGCUGCGGAAAUCUUUAUGCACCGGUUUCUCUUAUCUAGUCCUGUCCGAACCCUUAAUCCCGAAGAAGCUGAUUGGUUUUAUACCCCUGUAUACACCACUUGUGACUUGACACCAAAUGGCCUCCCUUUACCCUUUAAGUCACCACGAAUGAUGAGAAGUGCCAUACAGCUUAUUUCUUCAAACUGGCCUUACUGGAAUCGUACCGAGGGUGCGGAUCACUUCUUUGUGGUACCACAUGACUUCGGAGCCUGUUUUCAUUACCAGGAAGAGAAAGCAAUUGAAAGAGGGAUUCUUCCACUGCUAAAGCGUGCUACCUUGGUUCAAACAUUUGGACAGAGGAAUCAUGUGUGCUUGAAAGAAGGCUCAAUUACCAUUCCUCCAUAUGCUCCUCCACAGAAAAUGCAUACCCAUCUAAUCCCUGAUAAGACUCCCAGGUCCAUUUUUGUAUACUUCCGAGGACUAUUUUAUGAUGUUGGAAAUGACCCUGAAGGUGGUUACUAUGCAAGAGGUGCAAGAGCAGCAGUGUGGGAGAACUUUAAGGACAAUCCCCUAUUCGACAUCUCUACUGAGCAUCCAACCACAUACUAUGAGGACAUGCAACGAGCUGUAUUUUGUCUAUGCCCACUAGGAUGGGCCCCUUGGAGUCCAAGAUUGGUAGAAGCAGUGGUAUUUGGCUGCAUCCCUGUUAUUAUUGCAGAUGACAUUGUUCUGCCAUUUGCAGAUGCAAUCCCUUGGGAAGAGAUCGGCGUGUUUGUCGACGAAGAGGACGUUCCUAAGUUGGAUACCAUAUUAACAUCUAUCCCACCAGAAGUUAUAUUAAGGAAACAGAGAUUACUUGCUAACCCUUCCAUGAAGCAAGCAAUGCUAUUCCCGCAGCCUGCACAACCUGGAGAUGCAUUUCAUCAGGUUUUAAAUGGACUUGCGCGCAAGUUGCCACAUGACAGUAGUGUUUUCUUGAAAGCAGGGGAGAAGAUCUUGAAUUGGACUGCUGGCCCUGUGGGUGAUCUUAAACCUUGGUAGCAGUUAUGUUAGUUUUCUGAGUUCAUUAUGAUUCUUUAUAUAUUUUUCUUGCUCAAUCCUCCCAAAGUGUUCAUAGGGGUUGGUAAUUCAGAUACUUUUCUUUCUUUUGAUUGUAAAUUUUGAUAUUUUCAUAGACAAUUCAUUACAUCAUGUAAUCCAUUUUGCCACAUCAUUGAAGUCUCAAUAGAUGCUUAUCACUU